CCCCGUGCUGUGUACGGUGUAGGAGGAUUGUCCCUCGCUGCUCUCCGUCCCCGUGCUGUGUACGGUGUAGGAGGAUUGUCCCUCGCCGCUCUCCGUCCUCACGCCGUGUACGGUGUACAGCGAAGAUGAAGCCGCCGCGGAAGAAGCAGGCAGGGGAGGUCAGCAAGGCCGAGCUGAUGAUGAAGACCAUCGCCGACAUCAUCAAACAGCUUCUAGAGGCUCACGAGGAAGGAAAGGACGUCAACCUGAACAAGUUGAAGACUAAGACGUCGGCCAAGUACGGACUUCCCCACCAGCCACGGCUAGUGGAUAUCAUCGCCGCCGUGCCUCCGCAGCACCGCAAGGUCCUCGUGCCCAAGUUAAAGGCGAAACCCAUCCGCACUGCCAGCGGGAUUGCGGUGGUCGCCGUCAUGUGUAAACCCCAUCGCUGUCCUCACAUCAACUUCACCGGGAAUAUCUGUGUGUACUGUCCUGGUGGUCCAGAUUCUGAUUUUGAGUAUUCUACCCAGUCUUACACAGGUUAUGAGCCGACAUCAAUGCGGGCGAUCCGUGCUCGCUACGACCCCUUCCUUCAGACACGGCAUCGAGUGGAACAGCUCAAACAACUGGGGCACAGCGUGGACAAGGUAGAGUUCAUUGUGAUGGGGGGAACGUUCAUGGCUCUGCCUGAGGACUACAGGGACUACUUCAUCCGAAACCUACACGACUCCUUGUCUGGGCACACGUCCAACAAUGUUGCCGAGGCCGUACGGUACUCCGAGCGCAGUAACACAAAGUGUGUCGGGAUCACCAUAGAGACUCGGCCGGACUACUGCCUGAAGCGUCACUUGAGCGACAUGUUGUCAUACGGCUGCACCAGGCUGGAGAUCGGCGUGCAGAGCGUGUACGAAGAUGUUGCCAGAGAUACCAAUCGGGGUCACACGGUGAAAGCGGUGUGCGAGUCCUUCCACAUGUCCAAAGACGCUGGGUUCAAAGUUGUAUCUCACAUGAUGCCGGAUCUGCCGAACAUGGGUCUGGAGAGAGACAUCGAGCAGUUCAUUGAGUUCUUUGAAAAUCCGGCUUUCCGGCCAGACGGCAUGAAGCUGUACCCGACUCUGGUCAUCCGCGGCACCGGCCUCUACGAGCUCUGGAAAACCAGAAGAUACCGCAGUUAUUCUCCCAGCACCUUGGUGGACUUGGUGGCCAGGAUCUUGGCUCUCGUUCCACCGUGGACCCGAGUUUACCGAGUGCAGAGAGAUAUUCCCAUGCCGCUGGUCAGCUCCGGGGUGGAGCACGGGAAUCUCCGGGAGCUGGCCUUAGCUCGGAUGAAGGAUCUUGGUACAGAGUGCCGUGACGUAAGAACCAGAGAGGUGGGGAUCCAGGAGAUUCAUCACAAAGUCCGGCCGUAUCAGGUGGAGUUAAUUCGGAGAGAUUAUGUGGCCAAUGGCGGCUGGGAGACCUUCCUGUCCUACGAGGACCCAGAGCAGGACAUUCUCAUCGGCCUUCUACGUCUACGGAAGUCCUCUCCGGAAUCAUUCAGACCCGAGCUGAAGGGAGGAGUGUCCAUUGUGCGAGAGCUUCACGUCUACGGCAGCGUGGUGCCCAUCAGCAGCCGGGACCCGUCCAAGUUCCAGCACCAGGGAUUCGGGAUGUUGCUGAUGGAAGAAGCGGAGAGGAUAGCACGGGACGAGCACGGCUCCUGGAAGAUCGCGGUCAUAUCAGGNNNCGGUACCCGAAACUAUUACAGGAAAAUCGGCUAUGAGCUAGAGGGUCCGUACAUGGUGAAGAGAUUGGACUGA